AUCUAUUAUCUAUGGCAAAAUUGUUCUUGUUGAAUUAACAAACAAUAAACAAAGUUAUUAUAGCAUGAAUUGUGUAAAUAAAUAGAUAAUUAUGAACACAGAGAUUAUGUACACGUUGUUUUAUCUUCUAUUAACUGUAUGCGUCAUUUAUCCACCCUCAGAAUUUAUUUCAUUAGGGUUUACAAUACCCUCCCUUUUUACAUCACUUCUGGGGUCUGAAUCGGAGGAAUUUAUAGCGUAUCACAUUAAGAGAUCAAUUUUGACUUUGUUUGUGUAUUCCGUGCUUCCUUUAGGAUAUAUUGUUGGCCUUUGGUUUAAUGGUGCAGAAGAUGCUUCUCUGCUUUCAUUACAUGAUCAUGUUUUUUGGAAGAUCUUUGGCACAACAUGUAUAAUUUUACCACUUCUAGCAGCCUAUCAAAUUAUUUAUUGGUCUCGUGACAACUGGAGAUAUCACCCCAUAGCUAAAAAUAUUUCUCAUUUUUGUAACAACAAUUCUGAUUGGAUUUCUGUAGCUUCCAAUAUUAACAGUGAAUUUAGAAGUAUUGACAAGACCAUAAUACAAACAAGUUCAAUAUGUGAAAUAGUAGCAACUGAAAACUGGAUAUUGAAAAUCACUCCAUUCACUAUAUUUGUGGCACACCAAAGUGAUACAAGACUUGUAGUUAAUAAAAGUGAUACCCAUCAUAUUUCUCAAAAUAAUGAAAGAGAAGUUCAAUAUGUGACUAUUGAAGUUAAAUCAUUUAGAGAAGGUGUAGGCAGUUUUGUAAUAAGAUUGAAUGCAAUGAAUUUUCGAGAUUUACAAAACAGACUUUCACGAACUAUUGAAGUACUACCUAACAUUAUCUUUCACAAAAAUAUACUGGAGAAGUUUAUUGAUGCUUUCAAAGAAGAAAUUCAGGAGAAUAUUCGUUACUUAACAAAUCAGGAAUUGGAUUCUUGUAUUGGGUGUAUGCAGACUAUAGCAAAUGUAAAAUUGCAGAAACUCUGUACAGAUUCAAGUAAUACAGAAAGUUGUGGUACAUGUUACUGUAAACCAAUGUGGUGUGUUGAUUGUAUGGCUCGAUGGUUUGCUUCUCGACAGGAUAAUGAGCAGCCAGAUACUUGGUUAUCUUCAAGAUGUACAUGUCCUAUGUGCAGAGUUAAUUUUUGUAUAUUAGAUGUAUGCUUAGUUGAAGCUGAGGAAAAUUGAUUGAUAUAUCUCCACCUUUCUUUACUUUUGUGAUGUUAUCUUAUCUGCUGUAUUGAAAAUAAUUAAACUGCAACUUUUGUUUAUCAGAUUAUUUAAUUGCAGGUGCUUUAUUUUAUGUGCAAAAUAUAAAGAGAGCUCAAAAAUAUAAGAAUAAUUACAAUAUAUAGUCAAUAGUAUUGCAGGAUCAUCUGUCAUGUAUAAACAUUUAUUUUGUGGAUUUUAAGAUAAUAAAACGAAUUAUUCAGUU